AUGGAGAACCCCACACUCUACAACCCAACCAACAUUACCCACCUCUCCAACCUCAGCAUAUCUUACCUUGCAGAUGUGCUUCUCGCCAAAGGCAACAAUGCCACCCGCGACGGCUUCGGCUGCCGACCCGCCUCCUUGAUCCUUCCGCUUGACAAUUUAUCCAUUUUGAAACUCGAACCCAACCCUGAUAUCCACAUGAACCUCACCGUGGGGGUCAAUCCGACCCAGCUUGAUCCCGGGGUCUCUCAGCUGAGGGAUAUGGCGAGGGGUCUUUUUCCUUAUCCUCUGAAUGAGUCUGGCGUCGGAGAUGUCGUCAACUGGUGGACUGACAACACCGAAAACCACCCAGCUGACACCAAGCGGUUCUUGGGCGCUGUGGUCAACAUGUGUGGAGGAGAGUACUGCCGCUCAGGAAAAGUCACUGUCGGCAACCCAGAUAUUGUCGGGAUAGGGAUGAUAGUAGCCAUAGGAAUGCUCCUCUGCCUCACCGUUGCCUUCUCCCUCUUAUCCUUCGGCCCUUUGAUCGACGUCGUUGCCCGCGCCCCUUACACCACCCGCAAAACCCGCUUCUCCCUCCGCGUCUCCUGCAUCGGCACCGUCGACGAGCUCUUUUCCGCCGUGUUUGUCUUUGCCCUGGCCGUCAUAGUCUCAACGUUUGUCUUUCGCUACCGAACCGACACCCGCUUCGAUGCGCUCAUGGCCAACGCGCUAAGCCAGCUCUGCAGCACCACUGUCAUCAUGCUCGCCGCGGUGUACUGGUGUCACAACCAGCACCGGCCGCACGCCACCGGGUCGGUGUUUCUCAUUGCGGUCCUCACCAUCGCCCUGUACGUCACCCAUGCAGGAGUUGCAAACAUGAGGGCGAGUGAAGCCGAGAUGGCAUGCGGCAUAGGCAAACAGAGGGUCAGUCUUAUGAAAGGUGACCCCUUUGACAUGGAGAAAUUCCACUUUGUUCCCGUGGGCUUUGGGAGCUGGUUUCUGGCCUUGAUUGGUGCCGUGUUUCACCACCCGUGGAUGAAUAGGUUCAGGCCGACCAAAGACAACAAGAUGAUUUGGAGGAUCCUGUGGAAGACGGUGGGCAGCUUCCCUACCGUGUUCGGCCUGAUUGGACUGGCCGUAUACAUGGCGUAUUUUAUGAAUACGUGGCAGCUGAUGAAGGAGAAUUACGGAAAGACUUUUAGUCAGAAUGUCAAAGAGUGGGGUUUUGGACAGUAUCUGGCUGUGUUUACCUGGGUGCCGCCGAUUCUGACGUUUGGGCACUUGUUUAUCUCUGGGAUGGAGAAGGCGAUUGAGCAGAGGUUGCCGUAUGGAUGGACGGCCGUUAAACUCCACGGUUCAGUCGACUACCGCGGUGAUGAUAGGAAGGAUGAUGAUCAGGGGGGGAGUAAUUGGACAGGAAGCCGGAGCUCGCGAAGUCGCGUGCGGGAGGUGGACAGUUUGGCACAGAGGCACGAGAUGGGGGAAUUGUUGAACACAUCACCAAAGACGAAGACAGCGACGCCGCAGGAGAUGAUUUACCCAUUUCCCGAACAGAGGCCGGGGCAAGUGGCGAGUCCGAUCAUCCCGUUUCCAGAGGGUCCUGGGCAGAUGCCAACAGCGUAUACGCCAGGGAGUUUGUAUGAUCCGGCGCAUCCUCAAGAGCCCCCGAGAUUCGCAUAUAACAAUGGGGCGGGUCUGGAAGCCAACACCGGGUAUCCUGCCACGCCUACGGACGCGCCUGGCUAUCAUGAGCCACGGCAUUGAUGUACGACUACUGUAUUGGUGUUGAAAAUAUUGGGUAUACCCGGUUGGAGACAGGAGUCUGGAAAGAAGGGGGCAUAUGCCAAGAUUUUGCUAGAUUUACCAAGAGAUUCUACUACAUUUCACUCUACC